AGAUGCCUCUGGAUGUUCAAUGAUAGCACUCCUCCAUACUGGAGCAGCAAAGUUUCCCCAAAACUUACUUCAAAGGGCAAGACAAGCUGUGUGCUCCCUCCUCCCGGCUGGUGUUCUCAAAGGGUACAGCUCCAUCGUAAGCAGGAAACUGGCGUCCCACGGCUUUGGAGCUUCCAUGGCAGCAAUGUCAUCCUUUCCUCCACAGAGAUAUCACUACUUCUUAGUGCUGGAUUUUGAGGCUACAUGUGAUAAACCACAGAUUCAUCCUCAGGAAAUCAUCGAAUUCCCUAUCCUGAAGCUGAAUGGCAGGACAAUGGAGAUCGAAUCCACCUUUCACAUGUAUGUUCAGCCUGUGGUGCAUCCCCAGCUUACGCCCUUCUGUACAGAGCUGACUGGGAUUAUUCAAGGCAUGGUGGAUGGGCAGCCGAGCCUCCAGCAAGUGCUUGAGAGGGUUGACGAGUGGAUGGCAAAGGAAGGCCUCUUAGAUCCCAGCGUCAAGUCGAUUUUUGUGACCUGUGGAGACUGGGAUUUGAAAGUGAUGUUACCAGGACAAUGCCAGUACUUAGGGCUGCCGGUUGCUGAUUACUUCAAACAGUGGAUUAAUCUGAAAAAGGCGUACAGCUUUGCCAUGGGGAGUUGGCCAAAGAAUGGGCUCUUAGACAUGAACAAAGGACUGAACCUACAGCACAUAGGGAGGCCUCACAGCGGGAUAGGUGAGUGAUGCCGCCCCGUGCGCUUCCCGUCCCCAUGGCCCCGGGUGCGCGGGACGUGCCUCGGCUCUGAGAGCUGGUCCAGGCUGGGGUGCUUGGGAGCCAGCCAAAGGGCUGCGGGGUCUCCGGCUGGUGGAAGGGAUGAAGAUGUGUCAGGGCAGAAUGGGCACAAGGGAUGAGCUGUUGGUCCCUGGCACAUCCCAGUGUGACAAACACACCUGCUUGUCCCUCUGACCAGGGAGCUGUUCCCCUCCUCAGCCACUCUGGCAGUACUCAGGCUGGGGGUGGAUGGGGCAGUGCCAGGGCUCACGCAGUGCCUGGAGCACAGGGCGAGGGUCCCCAGGCUGGGCAGGAUGCUCUCCCUGUCGGGCCAGUCCUCCAGCUGCUCUGGAUGCUGCGUUCAUCCUUGGAAAGGAGGCUCUGCCAAGUGGUGCAGCCUCGGGAGCUGGCUGGAAACGUGCUGCAGAGUGAAGAUGCGUGGCCCCAGCUGGAGAACUGAAUCAUCGUCCCGUUUGCCCACACAUGUGAUGAGUUUCAUGGUCCCGCAGCCUCCUCCAAGAUAAACAACUGAGACGACCAUGAACGGUGGCAGAGCUCCAUGUUUCCCCUAGCUGCUCCGCACCAGGGAUCACAGUGAUAUGAGAAGGGAGAGCUGGCCCGGGACACUGAGGCCAUAUAUCUGCCUGCUGGGCGCUGGGGGUGCAGAGCUGGAGCAGCAGCCGGCUGCAGUAUGGGCAGGAGCUCAGAUUUACUGGGCUGUAGGCAGGGCUGUAACUCAGGGCUGCAUCG